UGAGUUCAGUCUGACAGCAGCCUCGCGACCAGCUCCACUCCGACCGCCAACAGUCCGCGUUACCGCGCGAACCAGCUAACCAGGGGGAUCAAACCGGCAGCUCGAAUCGCUUCUGGAGCUAACGGCUGUCGCAAGGCGUGUCCUGUCAGGUUGAUUGAGCGAUGGAGGAGCUUCACGACGUCCAGCUGACUGAGAUUAAACCACUCCUGACGGGACAGAGUGGGAGAAAUCUCCAGGACUUUGACUGUCAGGAACAUGAUGUGGAGACAGCCCAUGGCGUGCUGCACGUUACUAUGAGGGGGGUUGCUAAGGGCAACCGACCCACAAUCCUCACCUACCAUGACAUCGGACUCAACCAUAAGUCUUGUUUUAACAGCCUGUUUAACUAUGAGGACAUGCAGGAAGUGACGCAGCAUUUCUCAGUCCUGCAUGUUGAUGCUCCAGGACAGCAGGAGAAUGCUCCAGUAUUCCCCACUGGGUACCAGUACCCCACCAUGGAUGAGCUGGCUGAGAUGCUGCCGUCUGUCCUGACACAGCUUCAGGUGAAGAGUGUGAUCGGUAUCGGCGUUGGAGCUGGAGCCUACAUCCUUACCAAACUGGCUCUGAAUGAGCCCAGUCUGGUGGAGGGCUUAGUUCUCAUCAACAUUGAUCCCUGUGCCAAGGGCUGGAUGGACUGGGCUGCCUCUAAGCUGAGCGGCUGGACGAGCAACCUGGUCGACAUGAUCAUGGGACACCACUUCAGCACUGAUGAGCUAACAGAGAAUACGGAGAUCAUCCAGACGUACCGACUCCACAUCUCUCAGGAUAUUCCACAGGAUAACUUGGCCAUGUUCUACAGCAGCUACGACAGUCGUACUGAGUUGCAGAUGGAGCGGCCCGUCCCCGGUCUGAAUGAAAACACAGUCACCACACUCAGGUGUCCUGCUCUGCUGGUGGUUGGAGACACAUCACCUGCUGUUGAUGUCGUGGUGGAGUGUAACUCCAGGCUGAACCCUACAAAGACCACCUUGCUCAAGAUGGCAGACUGUGGAGGACUUCCUCAGGUGGUGCAGCCUGGAAAACUAGCAGAGGCCUUCAAGUAUUUUGUCCAGGGGAUGGGUUACAUGCCCACAGCUGGCAUGACCCGGCUGGUUCGCUCCAGGACUCACUCGGCCUCCAGCGUCGGCUCCGCGGACGGCGUCCGGAGCCGCAGUACCACCAACCCGCCGCCAGAGGGCGCCAACUCCACGAGCCCCGAACACACAGCGGCGCAAACCAUGGAAACUGAAAAAGGUCACAUCUAACAUCGAGUACAGUAGAGUUGACUGUCAGAACUUAAAUAUCUUCACAUUUUACUGCUGUCAGAAAGCAGCCAUGUUGGCUCUUGCUGUCCUGUACUCUGUAGGAUGCUGAUGAUGGUCCAUACUCUCACUCCCCCCUCCCUGGAGGUGGUUCUGUGAUGUAACUGUACACAGAGUUCAGCUGGUUCAUAUUUCUAUACAGUUGUGUUGUAUUUCUACCGUGGACUGUUCUGCUGUUCAGGUCAGAGCAGAUCAUCGUUUCUCCUCCUCAGUUUGGUCCCUUCUUAUUAUAACGCUUAUUAUUUUGUUUUGACUCGUUGGUGUUGGUGUUGGUUGCUAUGAAGCUCGUUUCUGACAUGAUGAACUCUCUUCCUGCUCAUAAGAUGACAUAUUUCACUGAGGGUGUAGGUGCACUUCCUGCUGCUCCCACCCUGGAAUGCCUGACAAAACAUCUAUUUAUGAGUAACCAGAGGAAUUUAAGUUAGUUUUAAAAAUAGUCAUUAAAAUAUUAAAUAGUUAAAUAUGAAACUGUACAGCCUGAACAAUCUGACUUCUGCUCAGUGAAACCAAACCUCAGGGUUCAAAACAGUGGAACAAAGUGUAGAAUAAUACAGUCCGUCACUCUGCUUCAGAUGACAAACCUUCUACUGAUUUUGGCCUUUAAACAGCUCAAACAUCUCUUCAGCUGUCAGCCUGUGGCUUCACACGCAGAGACUGUAGCUAAAAACUGGCCCUCAGGUAACGGGUAUCAGCCCCGCCUGCUGCUCCUGGUGUCGUAACAUUACAGACAUUUGUUUGAAGCUGAUAAACUACCUUCUUGGUGUUCCUCAGAAGAACUACAGGCUUCGUUCUGCGGCUCCUUUCAGCUCCUUUUCCUUUUCGUCUAUCACACCCAGCACACACACAUUACUGAGGAUAGAGUGUGAGCCUUUGAGAACAUGAUAAAUGGUUCUGCUCGUGUUUAAUUGGCUGAUUUUUCUCUGGUAUUCCAGGCGGUGGACGGUCAGUCAUUGAUUGAAAAUAUAAUUGAUUGUGAAUUUCUCCUCCCCCCUCUUCCUUUGUUGGAGAUCCUGAAAGUGACCCGUCACCUCAGGUGCUCCUUUCCUGUUACUGCGCUGUAGUUACUGGAGGCGCGCUGCUCUGUGUUCAUGAAGCCCGUCCGCAGCAUGCUCGAUGUGGAGUCUUGGCAUGCGAACUGUACAGUGGUAUCCGUCCUGUGAUAACUGACAUGUCGUUCAGCUGUAAACCUGCCUCAGAAACAGAGAAACCCCCACAGCCACACCGAGUCUCCUCCACGUGGCGUCCCCGGACUGAAGGCUGCCAGCAGGGUCGUCAGCUGACUUCAUUUUCUGCUCUGAGGUCUAUUCAUCAUCACUGUCCUGUGAAAACCACGUACCUCCCAAACGAGUAAACAUUUUUCAGAUUAUCAGAUUGUUUUUUAAUUGGUUUAUUUGGAUGAAGAAUGGGAUCAUUUUCUCAACCAACAGUUAAUCUGAAAUGUUAAAAAAAUCACUAAAUUUGGAUGUAAGUUGUUUUCACUGGACAGUGACGAUGUGAUCUUGCUCGCCCUGCUGAUGGUUUCUGUAGUUUCAGGCGGUGAUGCUGAGCUUGUUUGGAAUGAUAAUGUUUGUUCAAAGGUUCUGGCCCCUGCUGGAGGACUGAGGAACAGCUGCCAGAGCAGGAAAUGACUUCUGGUAUCUGUUAGCAGCCGCCAGAGGCAGUCAAAGCUGUCCUGAAAACCUCUCUGGAAAACAAAAAAAGAGGGUCUGUACUAAAACCGUAGUUUUCUGAACUAACUCUGGUUCACACAAACUCAAAUAUUUAGUUAUUCUCUAUAUACUAACUGUAAUCCUGCUGCGUGUUAUUGUUUUGAAUAUUUAUUACAACUAUUACUUUGACAUUUGUACUGAAGCAUCGCUUCUGUUUUCUGACGAUUGUUGUUCCCUGACUUUUAAUGUAAACAAGGUUUGUAAUGAAAUA